AUGUAUCGCCUCGUGCGGGAACCACCCAGGCCGCCGUCAUCAGGACACUCGAAUCGCACCCUCCUUACCUCCAACAAUGCUAACGAUAAUAACACCUACGCUAGCGCCUUUGAAUGGACCAGUGUCGCUGUCUCUCAAUCUUCCCGUGUGGCCACCACUGAUACCUCUGGCAACGCCACUGCUGCUGCGGCUACUGCUUUGAGUGCGGCUGAUACAUCCGUCGUAGCUCUUGCCAGUGGUAGUAAUGGUAGCGGAGGCGGCGGGUUCGCCUCUUCUGUAGGCGGGUUGAGCGCAACAACAUCUGGAGAGGUUGUCACCGACACCGCCUCCAGUUCUGCCCUCCCUGCCGCCUUCCGCUUCUCCACUCAUCGACCAAGAGUUGGUCAGAGUGGGAUGCGAGGUGGUGGACGUCGACGCCAGUGCACUAUUGCCUAUCGGGUGCGUCUCUUUCCCUUUUGGCGGCGCCGAUUCCUUAUCAAAUUCGAUCGGUUACAACUGAGCGCUCUGUUCGAUCCGUAA